UAUACACGUGCGUGUUUAUUGGCUAAAUGUUGUAUGUGUAUACUUACGUGUAGGAUUACUGAGUACUUUUUUUGAGCUGCAUAAAGAUAAAGUGCAUAAAAUAUUUGCAAUAUAGGUACUUCUUCACGCUUGUGUGGUUGCGUCUCUCUGAGGCUCUGUAGCAGUGUAGCCAUCAGCAAAUCAUCCAGAGGGAGAGAGCCAAAAAGCACGAAGGUGCUAGUCGGGCAGCCAUAGCUCAUUCCCAUGCACAUGUAGAGCAGCGAUACUCGCUACUUGAGCUUUGUAUAUGUAAGAAGAAAGCCACUUAACGUAAAAAUAUUAAUUUUUAUUCGUUGAACUUGGACAUUUUUCUCGUUGGAUAUAAGUAGAAAGAACUUGAUAGGUGUCUAGCUACAAAUCUCCAUGAUAUGGAUGACUCUAAGCAAAGAAGCACCAGUCGCAGUUCAAGUCCAAGACGCUCCCGAAGAGACGACGUCAUGCAGGAAUCACGCUCGCACUCCAAGUCAAGCAAGUAUCGGGACCACAAGGAGUCUAGCCACCGGUCCGUGAAAAAUUACUCGAGGUCGCGCAGCCAUUCGAUGACCCGAAGCCGCAAGUCAUACCGGAGCUCCAAGUAUAAUGAUGGCCGCAAGGGUGAAAGCAGAAGCCGCAGCCGAUCGCCUUACCGUGGAGGCCGUGGAUCUCGUAGCCGCUCGCGCUCCUACUCUAGGUCCCGCUACUCCAGGGACCGCAACUUCCAUAGGUCGCACUCCAGGAGUCCGAUGUCAUCAAGGAGGCGUCACAUCGGCAACAGAGACAACCCCUGUCCUGGCCGCUGCAUUGGUGUCUUUGGCCUCUCCAUUAGCACAACGGAGCAGCAGCUCUACCACAUCUUCUCCAAGUAUGGGCCUGUCGAAAGUGUGGUUGUGGUCAACGACGCCAAGACAAAGCGUCCCAAAGGCUUUUGCUUUGUGUACUUUGAAUCAGUUGAAGAUGCAAAAGUAGCCAAAGAACAGUGCAGUGGGAUGGAAAUUGAUGGAAGAAGAAUCAGAGUGGACUAUUCUAUCACGGAACGUGCUCAUACUCCAACACCAGGAAUUUACAUCGGCAAACCAACGCAUACAUAUGACAACCGAGGUGGUGGUGGUGGUUAUGGAUACGGUGGUGGCGGUGGCGGCAAUUGGGAUGGACCGAGAAGGAGAGAUUAUAAUAACAGAGGAAAUUAUCGGCGUUCACCUAGCCCCAGCUAUUCAAAUCGUCGACGCUCCAGUCGCUACGAGAAAAGAUCCAGAUCGCCUUCGUACUCACCACGUUUUGAAUCAAGAGGUAUCGGAUGAUAGAGGGAAGUUUGCAAGUUUCAAACGCUCAGAGAAAAAGAAUGAAAAAAAGAAAAAAUGUUGAAAUUUUUGAAAGAGAACAGUUGAAGAUGAAUUUAAUGAAGAUCUUAACUCUUGAAUCAAUGAAGAUUCUUCUGAUGAUUAUUGCGCGCUUCUAGUAUGUGACAAAGAAUAUGAUCAUUCCAGUCAACAAAGAAACUCAAGUUUCGAAGUUUUUGAAGAUCCACAAGCUUCAAUAUUAAGUCAAGAUUACAAUCAAAUAGGGGCUUGACUGAACUUUAAUUUCAAGUCUAGGGGCGCAAAAUUAACUGAAUCGUUCGUACAAUGACAGCUUAUGUAAUAACAAGAUCCUUCACUUUUUUCAUAGGUAGGAAGUGAGCAUGUGCUCUUUACUACUUCACACGAUCAUAUUCUUUAUCAAUAUUUUAUCUUUUUUUAACUUGGACUUCCAAUUCCACUUCUCACUGAUUAAUCCUAUUAUUAUCUACUGCCCUUGCAUCCCAAUUACCUCGACUCAUCCUUUUAAUUUUUUUUUUUUUUUUUUUUCUCACUGUUAGAAGUAUAAUUUAAUCAAAAUAAGUAAUUUAUACCGAUUACUUGCCAAUAAAAAUGAUCAUCAAUAUAAUUUAUAUAAUAUAAUUAAUAAAUUUUGAAAUGUGUACUUGAAAGCAACGAAAUGAUUUAAAAGAAUAAUGCGUUAUUUUUAUUCAGGAAAUUAAAUUGAUUUGGUAUAUCAAGAUAGUUAUCUUAUAAUACGACUACUGAUUACAAUUUUCUUUAAAUCUUGUUUUUUGCUCUGAACUGAGAUAACCAUUGCAAGUAGUGUAACACAGCUAACAUAAUAUAUACACCAAUAAUUUAAUUUCGUCAUACAUUCAAAAGCACAGAGUAUUUUUAUGAAAUUAUAAGGAUAAAUUUAAGUUCAUACCAUCUGUAUAUGCAAUAUAAAAUUUGAAGAGUAGUAAAAAAAAAAUUUUCUUACAAAUGUAAGGACCUACAGAUUAGUAAUUAUAAAAGUUUUGCAAUCGCUACUUGGUGAAAAAAUAAUGCUUAAGUAUGGUUGAUAAUUAAAAUCGCUUUUAAUAUUUUCUGCCGUCACUGAUAAAGAGCCGCACCACCAAAACAAGCAGCCAACAAAAUAAUUUACCGUCACAUGGUAAAACGUUCUGGGUUCUCCGCAUCUUCGACUUCAGCAGCUGAUUUGUUUGACGUCGUGAUGAAAACACCAACUGGACUAGUGCGAUCGACUAACCAUUAUUUGUGUGACGUUUCAUAGCUUAAAA